AACUGAUAAUGUGGUGAAGAGCAAGAGGAGCUUAUGGGUAAGAGAGCUGUUACUCAUCCACCUUUUAGUCUGGAUCAUACAAAUUAGCAGCUGACUCCUGCUAGUAAAUUGAAGCCGUUUAUGUGCAUGUAAUUCCAAUUCUCUUUUUACAGAAAAAAAAAGUAGCCUUUGUUACUGACAGCCUAGUAAUUUAAAAAGUAAUUUUAUAGCAAAAACAGCUCUGAGAUCAAGGUGCCUGUUCUAGGUGAAGUGGAUGCUUUCAUUAUCAGCUAGACAGCUGUGUAAAUGUGAAACAUGUAUUGGGAGUGCAUCUCUUGCCUCUUGUGAAAGAAUGGGGAGACUCAAGGAUUUUUUAGAUUAAUAGAUUCGUGUCCGUCUGAAAAGCCAAGUAACAAGAUGCAUUUUAACAUACUGUUAAACUCUGCCUUGUGUUUAGGCUAUCUGAGAGUUUAUGAUGACAUUGAGAUACUUCCUUGGAAGAAGUACUGUCUGCUCUGUUCCAAAGCUCUGUGAUCUAUGGCACCAUAUUCUUAUUUUUUACAAAUCAGUGAAUUAAGUGGGUGUCCAAACACAAUGUCUUGGUGUACAUCGGUGUUCUGGUCUUGGUCAGCUCUUUAAUGCACCAUUGCAUGGCUGCUUCUGCUGGGCACUGAAACAAGAGUAACUGUUUAUUCCCGGUUCUUAUCUGGCUAUUCCCAGUCCUUUUCAGGUAGUUCGCCUUGGUUCUCCAGUUUCUCCUGGAUAUCCUGCAAUUGUCAUGCUAAUCAUGAUUUCGAACCUACCACCUUCUGUCUAGAUUUAUCAUCAUGCAACAUGGUUAUAUUCUUGUGUUGUUUUGGGGGUUUUUUUCCUUCUGGGCUGGCAGAAAUGAUAAACUUGCAUUUGAAAUACUAAUUGCCUCCACUCUGAAUUCAUGUGCAUUAAUUUAGACAUUAAAUUAAAUGGCUGGCCAGGACAGGUGGUAGGUAAUUUGUAAUGGUGUUUCUUUUGUUUAUUUUGGAUUUCUUUCUUUUAUUUCAAAAACGUGAGGACUUCUGAAGUGAUGCCACAAUGUGCAAGUUUGGUAUAUUUUCAUGGCUUUUGCAUGUACCUUCCAAUAAUGAUCACUAACUUGAUAUUUGGUUGGAUCAAUUCUCCAUAUCGUGUCAUAUUUUGUCACCUCCUACAUUAGCCUUGCUUCAGUAUUUUUAAAAUGGUUCUGUCUUCCAUUACAAGUUCGUCUGCAAAGGUUUUUUGAGUUAUUUUAAUUAACAAGAGUCUUUAAAAACAAUUCCCUUUGAAUGUUUCUUCAUCUCUUUAAUAUUUACUUGCCUCUCUCAGAUUACAGACACUGCGUGAGUUUUACACUCAACCUCGCGGCUGCGGCGAGUCCAGCCGCCGCCAUUAGCGGGGCCGCGCCGCGCCCGGGGAACUACAGCUCCCGGCGGCCCCUGCGCCGCCGCGCGCAGACAAGAUGGCGGCCGCCACGGGGCGUGCGGCGGGAGCGGUGCCGGCGGGAUACACGGGUGAGGGGCAGCGCGGGGCACCGGGAGCGGCGCCAGCGGGAUACACGGGUGAGGGGCAGCGCGGGGCACCGGGAGCGGCGCCGGCGGGAUACACGGGUGAGGGGCAGCGCGGGGCACCGGGAGCGGCGCCGGCGGGAUACGCGGGACUCUUUGUCUAGGCUGUUCUCCCGCUGCGGGCAUGUGCAGUCUGUGGACAUCUGUGACAAGCCAGGGCCAGGAGAGAAAAAAGAUAAACUGGCAUCGAAAUUCUUUGACCACAAAACUCUAAAGGGAUUUCAAGUAGCAUAUGUGGUGUUCAGGAAACCAGCAGCUGUCCAGGCAGCCAAGGCUCUAUCACAGGAAGGUCCCUUGCUAAUAUCAACAGAGAGCCACCCUGUGAAAACCGGCAUUAGCAAGUGGAUCGCCAGCUAUGAGGCCUCCAUCGUGGAUCCAAAGGAGCUGAAGGCUGAGGUGGAUGCCUACAUGCAAGACUAUGAUAAAAAGGUGGCAGAGGAAGAAGCCAAAGCAGCCAUGGAGGAGGGUGUUCCGGAUGAGGAGGGCUGGGUGAAGGUGACGCGGAAGGGCCGGAAGCCUGGCCUGCCCCGGACAGAGGCUGCCAACCUGCGUGUGCUGGAGAAGGAGAAACAGAAAAGAGCCCGCAAAGAACUGCUCAACUUCUAUGCCUGGCAGCAUCGCGAGACCAAGAGAGAGCACAUUGCCCAGUUGAGGAAGAAAUUUGAGGAGGACAAGCAGAGGAUUGCACUGAUGCGAGCCCAGCGCAAGUUUCGGCCAUACUAGGUUGUGCUGAGCUGUUCUUCUUCAGGUGCCUGUGUUGGAGAGAGUAGGAGAGAUGCCUACUGACUCCAUUUGUCAAAGGAUUUUGAGGAAUUAAGGCAGCUUUGGGUUGCCUCUGCCUUUGGAUCUGAAACGGGAGGUCCCAGCAACUGCUGCUGGAGGAGAGUUCCCUUUACUUGCACCAGUAUCUUCCUGCUCUUUUGUCAUUCAGCCCCAUGGCACCACUUCUCAGGGUGCUCAGGUCAAGGGGCUGAGGCAUAUCCUGUGACAACCUGUAUCUCCCUGCCACCCAAAACUACACCUCCUAAAAGUUGGUGAAAACUGGGAUUGAUCUAGCACAGCCCCUGCAGGGGCAGGGAAUGGCUGAAGAACUGUAAAUAAACUGUUGCUACUGUUUUCAGAA